GGGGAAAGGGGCCUCGCCGCGGGAGGACCCGCCUGGCGUCGGCAACAUGGCAGCGUCCAGCCGGGCCGAGGUGCUGCGGCUGUACCGGGCCCUGCUGCGGGAGAGCCAGCGCUUCGGCGGCUACAACUACAGAACGUAUGCCAUUAGAAGGAUAAGAGAUGCCUUCAGAGAAAACAAGAAUAUAAAGGAUUCUGAAAAAAUAGAAGAACUAGUGAAUAAAGCCAAAGUAAACCUAGAGGUUAUUCAUCGGCAGUUGCUCUUGAUGUCUACUCUUAGCCAUGCAUCAUCUAGUGCUGGUAGGAUAUAUACCGCAGUGCCACCAUACUUGAUAAACUUCAGUGAUAAAAACCAUCACUUCUGCAGUGUGUGGAGUUUCUCCCAGCCAACAUGCAGCUAUGUGGAGGGAGGUCACUCCUGAUCAAUAACUGCUCAUUGCUUUUUACUUACAACAUACACGUUUUAAUUUAUAUUUCCUGCUGCUGCCAGAGGGAACUAAUUUCCAGCACCAGAGAUGCAACGCAGCUACUUUAAAGCAGAAUGGUCCUAAGAUGAAAUUAUGUUACUGACCUGACACACUUCAAAUAGCUUGAUUCCGAAGCCUGCUGUGGUUUGAGCUUGCAGUUUCUGAGAUAGGUUAACAUUGCUCUGAAUCAUUGUGAGACAUAAUCAGGUUGUUGCUUUGUAAUUAAAUAAUGAAGCAUUUGUGUGUGAGAGUUCCUGCUAUAAUUAGUAGUUAGGCUGUGCUUUGAAAAGAUCAG